AUGACACAACAUGGCCGUUGCUCGAGAUUGCCUGGUGGAGGACAUGGUGAGAUGCACUUUUUUCUCUGUGCACACUCUAACACUCUACAACCAACAUCACUGUUGCAAAUUACCUUCCUCACCAGCACUCCACUACACGCUACGCUAACUACAAUGAUCAAGGCACAGAGAAAUGAAUGUACAUUCUACAACUGUGUCCAGAGACUGCUGGACAAGAAAGAGGCGGGUCUCCCAGUCAGGGACGAGGACAGACCUGUGCCAUUGACCAAGUCAGAAAAAAACCAUUUGCUUCGGUCGCACUCAACGGUGCCAGUCCAGCGCGAAGAUAGAAGCAUGGCUUUCAUCUGCGUCUGCAAAAAGCCAUUCCUGACAAGGGAUAGCCUGAGCAAGCAUUACAAGCGGGUCUGCGCCCACUCCAACAUGCCGACUAACGUUCCAGGGCUUCAACUUAUUGACAGCGCUCAAGUUCUCCCUGAUGAUUUGGAGGUCGUCAAUGCCUCAGGAAGAGUGGUUGGUGCAACUAUCCGAGAGUUCAUGCGGGGCUUGGGUAUUGCACAUACUCAACAGCAACAUGCACAGCGCAUGCAAAUCAUGGCGUUUCAAGAGGAACAGCGCACGUUGAGCACAGCCGUGGAGCAGCGGAUCCUGAGCUCUAUUGCCCAGAUUGCAGCAGGUCAAGGGCAGGGGCAAGCUGUGCAAGCUGCUUCUGCUUCUGCUUCUGCUUCUGACACCGGACCUUCCAGUCCGGUUUCUACAAAUAGGAAAAGAACGCGCUCUGACGCCCCUCACUUUGGAACAUUCUGGCCCCCUAGUCGUAUGUCUCCAACUGAAAAUAAGUAAAAUGAAAACGGCGGUUUGGUGGAGCGAGUGUAGAUCGAUAUAAAAAUUGGAGAGAUGUAGAGACGGAAAAGCGCAUGGUCUCGCCUUGCUUAUCAUUUUCCACGACAGUGAAAGCUAGGUAACUCCCUACGCGUCGGCAUGCUUGCAAACGAUUGGAGUAUCUGAGGUGUCGAAGGAUCUAGGGUGAAAAGGGUAUUUUAUUG